ACUAGUAAACAGUAUAAAUAAAUCGAACGACGCUCCUCCUUCGUUGUAAGAUUUUAAGGUCAACAUUGCACCUUCUCUCUUCAAACGAAGCACAGGGGUCGUUUUUGUCUGCCUUUCACUACGUCGUUUCGAGCUAGGGUUCCGCCUCCGAUCCAACUGCUAAGGAAGUUCAACCCACCAUGUCCACGCACUCAAAAUCCAGUGUUUACAUAGGUAAUUUGGACGAGCGAGUGAGUGAGAGAGUUUUGUAUGAUAUUCUAAUUCAGGCGGGGAGGUUAGUAGACCUACACAUUCCUCGGGACAAGGAAACCGAUAGACCUAAAGGUUAUGCUUUUGCAGAGUAUGAAUCUGAGGACAUUGCUGAGUAUGCUGUUAGGCUUUUCUCUGGUCUUGUGACUCUCUACAAUCGGACACUGAAGUUUGCGAUUUCUGGGCGAGACAAGCCUUCACAUAAUACUCCUUCGACGGUCGCAUCUGCAUCUAGUUUUCCUCACAAACUGAGGUCGGCUCCCUCACCAAUUAACAGUAUGGAAAUCUCUCCGAAUUCCAUUGGUUUAUCAACUCCCAGAAUUUCAGACUUUCCACUAAACUAUCCCCCAGUGCCCACUCCCCCUGGUGUAAAUAAACAAUCUAAUGGGUAUGGAUUACCUAACAAUGGCAACAAUUACGAAUAUAGUCGAAGAGUUAUUGGGGCAACUUUGGAUACCAUUAGUCGCUCUAGGUCACGCCGCCAUGAUAUGAGCAACCCAAUCUCCUAUCCCUCUUACUAGAAUUUAAUAUGAAGGUGAUUAGGUGUCAGACCUUUUCCAUGGCUAAUCUUUCUGGUAAAGUAGCAACUUAAGUGUAUUACUGGUGUGAGUAUUUAGUGGGUAGUGGAAGAUUCUCUAUUUGAGUAAGCUAGUUUGUAUUGCUAGUAUGUCCAUUCAUAGGUGUACCCAGGUAUGUAUAUUUGUUGUGCUUCCUGUGUUUAGAUUUGGCUAGUUGUAGUUUUGUUCAUGUAGUUAAUGUAGUUUCAUUAAUUAACAGUAAGAUGCUUCUCUCAAGAGGCAGAACUUUGGAAUUCAAAGAAACAAGUUUAUCAUAUGAUUGUUUAUUUAUGUACUCUAUUUGGAAUCAUUAUAUCUUUUUUUGUCAUAAUUUUAAUGUUUUUCAUCUUUGUUCUGAUUUCUUGUAUGUAAUUGUGGACAUUUAAAGCAAAGCUUGAUGGAGUUCCAUUGAAAUCAUGAGACUGGUACACUUCAUUUGUUGUGCUUAUAUAUGCUCUCUCUAUAUGCAUGUAUGCCCAAUAUGUGUAUGCGGUGAUCCCAUAUUGUGUUCUUUUGUUAGUUUAUAUUUUCUUCAUAGCUGUGUAACAACUCAAUGAGAUAAGUUUUGUGAUAUGCAAAGUAGGUACAAGUUGUCAGUUUGAACUUAGCAUUCUCCAUCCACUACCUAAGUCCAAGUUGAAAUGGUUUAUGCUUCUAGAAGCAUAAAGUGAUAUGUAUGACUUAGAGGAGUUGAAUUUCCAUUGUCAUUAUUUUGGCUAUUAAUAUGGUCUAAUAUGGAGACUAGUAUGGAGGCAGCAUUUUGGUUAAAAGUUGCUCCACUAUUUUGAGUGGGCUGCAUUGUAAGCUUCUUGAUGCUGUGGUAGUGGGUCUAGAGGUUAUUGGUUGUGAGAAGUUCUAUUUUUGAAAUGGUGUAAUUAGUGAAACUUCUACCAAGCCUCUAGGUCUAGAAGGGGCUUCCUGGUUAAAUAGGAUUCGUUUUUUUAUCUUAUAUAUAAACUACAUUAUUUUUGGAAACAAUAAUUACAUAAAGUCUAAAACAACGUACAAUAGAAAAUCCAGGCUCUAAUACAUGCUCUAUGUGUGUUGUUACGUAUGUAUGUCAAAGACGACAGUCCCAAGAGUCGAGCGGUAGAUUUUUAAGUUAAAAACAUUCGAACUUUGGGUUCAUUGUUUAAAGGAUAAAGAGAGAAGAGGGGUUGAAAUAAUGGGGGUAGAACAUUGCAAUGUUAAUUGCAUUGGUCCGAUCAUGGUGGUUUGAUUUGGUCAUUUGUGAUCAAGCCUAGACUGUGUUUGAUAUUACCCUAUUUAGGGUUUAAUUAUGUUUUAAGAUAUACUGUCAUUUCAUUUGUUACAUUGAAUGUUUAACUUAAUGCAAUCUACUUUUUAAUUAAUUGUGUUAGUCUUGUAAUAUAGUUCUAUAUUUCUUCGAUCAAGACUACAUACAUUUUAUCAACAUUGCUCAUUGAAUAUGAAAGGAGCAUCACAUGUGCCCUUUCCUGUUUUAUUUUCAUUUAGUGGACUAUCUUACUUUUCUUGGUCUAUUUAUUUUUUUAACUUUUGGUUUCGUCAGGCGGAGCUUUGAUUGAGAUUUUCUUGGGUUUUUUAUUGUAUGAAUAUGAAUUUCAUGCUCAUUCAAAUAUAGAAAUGACCUCUUUCCUUUGAGUACUGCUAAAUAGACCAACUUUUGGGACCACAUUAUGUGACAGGUGAUGUGUGUAUUAGUGGUAUAUUAACAGAUGUGAUAAUAAUCAAUUCCUACAUGUUACAUAAUGUCAUCUAGAUAUGUGGUUUGUCGGUGUAUACAAAUGCAACGGUGGUGCUCUCUUGUGCUCGUUGAAGAUUGAUCAAGCGAUUGCAUGCGGUAAAAAUCUGAUUUGGUGUGCACAUGCAUUUCUUCUUUAUCAAGAUAUGAUUUGGUAUUAAGGUUUUGCAUGUGCACACCAAAUCUGAUUUGUACUGGAAGAUUGAUCAAACGUUUAUUUAGUUUCUCAGUGUACUAGUUGUGCGCAUGAAUUUCUUCUUUAUCAGGAUAUGAUUAAGUAGAAUGGUAAAGGAGCAUGUCUUCUGCACGUGUAUAAUAUGUGCACACUUAUCUCACACUAGGAGAAAUAUAUUUUCACAUACAAUGCUCCUCUCAUAUAAAUGGUUAUGUGAUCAGCACAUGAUGAGGCAGUGACAAUGUUUUCUUUUUAUUUUGGUAUUUAUGGAAAUCUGUUAGUAGAAAUAAAGAUAAUGUCAAGUGAAGUGGCAGGGUAUCUAUGAGUUGAAAGA